CUAGCUGGUGUACAGAACAUAAAGGAAUCAAAAGGGGGUUUUUGCCAGCCUGUGUGACACAGGUUCGCCCAACUUGUGGUUUCUCAGUGAAGAUAGAGCCAAGGGGAAAUUUGCACCCUUCGGAACAUCACCCCAAAACUUGCCCCUUUGAACUUUUUGUUUACCUAUACAUUAGCAGAUCCAGAACUGUCAUGAACAGAUCUUUUUAUUCUCAAACGGAGAAGACUACAAGCAGCUGACUGAUGAUGAGAGUAAAAACCAGUGAGGCAAAGUUACCGUGAAGGGAUUGAACAAGGCACUAGGACCUAGGAGGCGUCUCAUCCACCCUGGCAGGAAUUUCUUGCUUGGAGCUCAGACAACAAAGGCAGAGUGAGCCUGGUUUUCUUUCUCUCAGCAUCUCCACCCUGCGCGCUGAAAACCGCUUCAGAUCUUUAGGGUUCACCAAACUAUGGAACUUGAUUUUGGACACUUUGACGAAAGAGACAAGGCGUCCAGAAACAUGCGAGGCUCACGGAUGAACGGGUUGCCUAGCCCCACUCACAGUGCUCACUGUAGCUUCUACAGAACCAGGACCUUACAGGCACUGAGUAACGAGAAGAAAGCCAAGAAGGUGCGUUUCUAUCGCAACGGGGACCGCUACUUCAAGGGGAUUGUAUAUGCCGUGUCCUCUGACCGCUUCCGAAGUUUUGAUGCUCUCCUGGCUGACCUGACCCGAUCCCUGUCCGACAACAUCAACCUGCCUCAGGGGGUCCGUUACAUUUACACCAUCGAUGGCUCGCGGAAGAUCGGGAGCAUGGAUGAGCUGGAGGAAGGGGAGAGUUAUGUCUGCUCAUCUGACAACUUCUUCAAGAAAGUGGAAUACACCAAGAACGUCAAUCCCAACUGGUCUGUCAAUGUGAAGACAUCUGCCAACCAGAAAGCACCUCAGUCUCUGGCCAGUAGCAACAGUGCCCAGGCAAAGGAAAACAAAGAUUUUGUGCGUCCCAAGCUGGUAACCAUUAUCCGCAGUGGGGUGAAGCCCCGGAAGGCAGUCCGUGUGCUCCUGAACAAGAAGACUGCCCAUUCCUUUGAGCAGGUUCUCACUGACAUCACCGAAGCGAUAAAACUGGAGACGGGAGUGGUCAAAAAGCUGUACACCCUGGAUGGGAAACAGGUGACCUGUCUCCACGAUUUCUUUGGGGAUGAUGAUGUGUUUAUCGCCUGUGGUCCAGAAAAAUUCCGCUAUGCGCAGGAUGACUUUUCCCUGGAUGAAAGCGAGUGCCGGGUGAUGAAGGGGAGCCCUGCGACUGCCACGGGCAGUAAGUCAUCUCCCACUCCUCAGAAAAGCUCAGCAAAGAGUCCAGCCCCCAUGCGCCGAAGCAAGUCUCCAGCCGAUUCAGGUAACCAUCAAGAUGCAAAUGGGACCUCAAGCAGUCAGCUGUCUACACCCAAAUCAAAGCAGUCCCCGAUCUCCACACCUACCAGCCCAGGGAGCCUCCGUAAGCACAAGGACUUGUAUCUGCCCCUGUCUUUGGAUGACUCUGAUUCCCUUGGAGAUUCCAUGUAAAGCAACACGAAGCUAAAUGUCCAUAUUGCAAGCUAUGUUUAGGAUACAGUAGAGUACUUCUGCCCAAAUAAGCAGAUAGGUGACUGGUGCUUUCAAAGCAAGGACACACAGCUGUAUGUCAUUUUUUUUUCUGUGAUUUAUCCUUCGUGCCACAAAUCAACUCCUACCAGUCUACAGAGAUAGAGGGAUACCAUUCUUCUAAGUUAUAGGGAUGCAAAAUGGACAUGGUGAGCAAUCUGGGGCAAAUACGCCAAUGAUCCUCUGCAUUUCCCAUUUUCUUCCAUUAUUGCUCCUGCUGCUGCAACUCUCAUUUUCCUAGUGAUAGUAAAGUAGCUCCCCCAAAAGUGUGCAAAGGUGUCACAUUCUGACCAGUCUGCAAGCCCAAGUAGAGCAAACGAUCUUCACCUGUCCAAACUGCCAGCAUUUGCCAGCUCCUCACCUGCAGCCCUGAUUUUAGCACCUGCAUCCUAACUAGCGUUGGGUUCAUUGUUGCAGGAUAGGAAGGGAAAGCAUUCACUCGUUUGAUGCUUGAUGUGCCAGCAGAAGCUCGGACAAGACUCAGAAUGAUUGCAGAAGGUGCUAAGUAAGGUUAGUACAGUAGUAAUUCAAAUAUUGGGAUUUUUUAAAUGGUAUUUUAAUGACAUUUUAAUGAUUAAGCAAAGAAAUGUGAGUCAGCUGAGUUAUCUGGAGUGGAACAUGUCUCCCACGUGAUCCAGUGAUCCUGCUAAGCUGGUGACAGGUUUUACACCUCCCCUAUGGUAUCUCUCUAUCUCUCUUUGUAACAGCAAUGCCUUCUGAACAGCCAACACUGAAAACACUGUGAAUUUUUGUUUUCAGGUUCGACACCCUACAGGUCACUUUUUAUAGCAAAAAAAAAAAAAAAAUCAAUACAUUUUUUAUAAAAGAAAACCUUGUAUCUGUGUUUUGGGAGUAAGAAUUCCAGCUCCUUUUUUAUAAGCUCUGGUGAUUUUUCUUUUGUUUAAAAAACACAUUCAGAAAAACGUACAAAAAAACCUACAGCAACUGACAAUUGCAGAACAGGAAUAACAACAGCUCAGCUUAGAAAUCUUGUCACUGCCAAAACAGACACAUGUACGGGGGAAAAAAGGUCAAUUCAAAAUAUUAAAUGUUUUGAUAGUUUUUGUAAUGUUUAAGACUACAUAUUUGGUUUUUUACACUUCAAUAUUCUUGACUAUGGCCAGCUUCUCUACUUCUAUUACAAAUGGAAUUUUGUGGUGUUCAGAAGCCUGUAUUUUAAGAAACUCUUCUGACAAAACAAACUUGCUGUAUUUAGAGAAACCUUUUAGUCAGUAAUGACUCCUGCAGAAUGCAAAUUUCAUCUAUUCAUGCAGGGUUGGUGGUUUUGAUGCUGGUGAAGCUUUGUCAUAAGCUCACUGGCAUUGCCUCCCUUCCUCAUUGAAACUGGUGAUUACAGAACUUUACCUAAAUGAAAUUUGUGCAAUCAAAUCUUUCUUUCUUGCUCUAUUUGCCUUUGUUUCAACAGACUCAUCUGUUCCCUCCUGCCUUGCAAUCCCUUGUGAUUAGAAUGAAUUAUAACCUUGUGAUGUUUGAUGCUACAUGAACACUGGGUUGUUCCCAAAGCCACUCCAUGUUUUCUUUGCUUGCUGGUAGGAAACAAUCUGUGCAGGCUGCAUCUCUGGAAGUUCACAUGAUGAUACAUAUAAUGCAACUUAAGAAAUUUAUCUGAGAGAGGCCAGGAUUGGGAAUUAUCAAGGGGUCAGAGUUAUUAUGCACCAUAUUUGCACCCAGUAGUCCUAGUGCAUGACCGUUUAUAUCCAGAGUUUUGCACAAGAAAUCAUUUGUUCCCACAAAUAACUUCAUUUAAUUGACUCUCUGACUGCAUGACUGCUAAAUGAUCAUUUCGCCUGUUGUAUAUAGAACCCAGGCUUUAGUUCAAAGGCUAAGGGCACAUGUUGAAGGUUUGUGAGAGAAAGGAUGGUCAUGUGGAGUGGUCAGGACACCUUCAUUCAGCCCUUGGCUUUGCUAACUGUAAUGUCAGAACAGGAGCAGGUCUCUUAGUAACCCUGUGCCUCAAUCUGUCUGUCUGUCCCUGCAGGGACAACACUGUUCUACCUCACUGGGGGUUGUGAGGCCAAAUGUUAGUUAACAUUUGUAAAGUGCUUUCAGAUCCUCUAACAGAAGGUGCUGGAGUAUUCUGGGUGCAGAUUUGGUUAUGGGUGCUAAUUUUUGGCUGUUUAUUUCUGUGAGUGCUACUGUAGACACUGGUCAUGAGAUAAUGUGACCUUUUAAGCAUAAGGUUGUCGAAGACUGUGGUUAUGUGAACUAUUCAUCAGAGCUUUUGCCUUAGUAAAAGCAUUAGUGUGACAGAAAAUUCAACAUGCUCUUACCCUCUCCUCUGUUCUGUUGGUGGCAAUCACCAAGUCCCUGCCCAAGUCUCUGCCUUUCCAGGGACCAUGACUAGCAGUCCUGGCCCUGUCUGUUAGAGAUGAUGGAUUGGUAGUCCAGUCAAAGGUGCUGUCACUUCAGUGACACAGGCUGUUCCUGUCACAGUCAGGAUUAGCAUGUCCUGCCAACUUUCCCCUGAGUCACUGCUACACCAAAUGACCAGCCAUGAAAUCACAUCUAGGUUCUCUUGCUAUGCAGUAGGGGACGCUCACCAUAGAGCCACCAGGAAAACCCUAAAUCUUUGAUGUCUGUAAGAAGACUGAACUGCUAGAGCUGAUGGUGGGAAAGGAGUCCAAGAUGUGCUUUUAUCCAGUAUCUGUGAGUUUGUAUAAGAUAAAGCAGGAUUCCAAGGGCUGAAUGAACCUUUGUAUGGAUGGUUGUUGAGAUGGCUGUUGAAAAGUGGCUUCUUUCCUUCCUGCCACAAGUUGUGUUUGUUAUUUGAAGAUGCCUGUCCUGGUGGAACAUGCUAAUGAAUUACUGAAGCCUUCUUCCUGAGCUGCACCUUGUGACAGGUCUAAAAUAUGAUCCCACAAGUGCUCCCUUGAGAGUGGAGUUUUUGUUUGCCUGAGGAUCAUCCUAGGGUGGGGCUGAGCUCACCAAUUCCUUCAGGGAACUAGAGGGACCUUGAAAAGGCCUGAAAGAAAGGGGGCAGGGGAUGGAAAUAUUCUUCAGUGGGAAAAAUAGCCAUUCAAACCAGUAGAAGCCACAAAGAAAACAGGGUAUGUGGUCAAACUCCCAAGUUUUAGAAAGCAAUUUUCUAGGUAGAAACGCCUGGGCAGUAGGAGAAGUCAGCAAGCACUUCAGCUGUAAUAUAGAAUGAAGUCUGUAUUAAUGCCAGUAUUGCAUGAGUUCUUGUACAGAGAUGCAUGUGGAACGUUACCUCCAUUCAAAACUAAUUACCUUUUGGCUUUGUAGGAUCCCUAACAUAGACUUGAACACAAAGAGAAACAAUGCACAGGCACCAGAUCAUAGUCAUUUAAAUGUAAGGACAGCCUUGAUUCAGGAAAGAACUCUCAAAGCCAUGCUUGAAGUUUAGCAUGUGCUUUACUCCUGUUGAUGGUGUAUGAGAUAGAAGCUUGGGUUUAGUCAGAAAGCGUUCCUGAUCUGGAAUGAAUUAGUAGUCACUUUCAAUACACGAUGUUAAUUCCAGACUCUGUGAGAUCCUAGAGCAGUUGAUAGUAAUUUUGCUUUAUACUCCAGAGUUUUACCUCUUCUAUUUUUUCCUUUAUCUUUACAAGCACAUAAAACUCCACAGGAUAUGAGUAUUUGCCAUAUUAAUUCUGCCAUAAAACUCUUCCCUAAUUUGCCUCAGGAGACUGCCUUUAGUGUUUUCAGGGACUAAUUGAAUCACCAACACUAUAUUGUUUUAAAACAAUACAGUAUUUAAAAACAAACUGGAGACACUCUUAAAGUAGUAGGGCUUUGUUUCUUCAAAGUCUGCCUUUAUUCAGUAUCCAGCAAUUUUAGCAAAGUGGCCCUUACAGUAAAAAUACCUGUUUCAGAGACAGUCCUUAGGAAGGAAUUAGUGUGAUCCUCCAAGCACAGGCUGAUGUAUUCAGUGUUUCUGCAUUUCAGAGAUGGUCUUGUCUGGAGGAGAUCAGGGAAAUGUAUCCAAAUCUUCAGCCUUAGGAUUUCUGUCACAUCUAAAAUAUUUAUAAUCCUAACAUUUCCUAGUUAAAGCCUUAUCUGUUAGAAGAUUUGGAGCUCACUCAGUUCCACCAGCUAAUCAGCCAGCCAGGACUCUAUACCUUGAAGAAAUUUUGAAGGAGUCUGGUAAUGAGAUUUUUACCUUGGUCCAUUUUAGUGAGAGAUGGAAAUAGCUUUGCCCUCCAUUGUCUGCUACAUCUGCACGAGUCACAAUCUUCUCAGGAGCUAGAAACACUAAUGUGUUAUUUCCAUUGACAGCAGAAGAAUAAAUCUGCUUAGAAAACAACUUCCUCAUCUCUCCUGUGUAGCUAACACUCAUGCAUGCACACAAAAAUCACGUACACAGUCUAGCCACUGUUUCUCUCUUAUUUGCCUGAACCAUGUCUGUGAAGGAAAAAAAGGGGAAGUAGGACCAAAAAUUGUGGCAAACAGCAAACCAGUGUUAAAUCCAGGGCUUUGUGGGAGGAAAUAAUAGCAUGAAAAGGGUCAGUUUGUUCUUAUCCAUAUGGAUACUGAUGGCAUUUUCUAGGAUGCCUUGGUUUUGCUUUUUCCCACCUCUGGGGUCAGUGCUGCUGCUCUUGACUCUUCACUGAACACCUUGUGAAACCGCCCUGCUGAAUCCCUGCAGGUGGCCACCCUGGAAGGAGCACCUUGCAGAAGCAUGGUGUGAACUUCACAGUAGGAGAGUUUUCAUUGCACUGAGAGCACACCAGUGUGUUUUGUCACUGACUUCUAGACAAGACAAAUGCAGAGUUGUCUUUUACUACAGUAGAGGCAGGAUCAUUUUUAGAAGUAAAAAUAGUCAAAUAAAGUAGGUAUAAAAUGAGUCCAUAAAGUGUCUCCUCAAGCUGAGACAAUCCACCACAAGAGAAAAGCUAUAGAGAGGAGCACUUAACCACACACAUCUCAGGAAACAUUAAAGCUGAGUCUUCUGUCUCACAGGACAGCCACCACUCAGCAAUUGCAGAGUGAACUGGGCUGAGUUCUGCUGCAGUUAUUGAUUCAGAUAUUCUUCCUUCUUUGCCUCUAGCUUGAGGUCUGGUGCAUCUCAUCCCAGUUGCUUCCAGGUGAAAGGCUGGGGCCAACAAUCUGUACAGACUCCUCACUUUGUUCUGGUUUGUUUCCUCUGGAACAGAUUUGGUCAUUCAAUGUUUGUCUGAAGUUCUGGGGCAAGAUGUCACCACAAUGUGUUAAUAGGGAGAGAGGAGAUGUUUGGAGAUUGAACGGAAAAGCUUUUUUCAGCAAUGUUCUGACAGAAUCCCAGUUGCAGGGUAGGGUAUGAGUCUGCAGGUGAAAAUGCAGAGUUUUGGGGUCACAAACCACUGUCUGCCCCUCAAGAAACUCUGUUUAGAGAUGGCUAAAAUCACUGACACCAAUUUUUGGCCAAUACAUGAGCUUCUGAUUAAAUGAAACCAAACCUAGUGGAUUCAGCAGUGGAAUUUCAGGGCCAUUGGGAUUUUAGAGUCUUUGACCUAACUGUGGACAGCCUUUAUGCACUGGGACACCUCUUGUCUUGGUGUCCCAGUGCAUAAAGAGCUGAUCACAACACUUCCUCCACCUGUAAGGUGCUUUGAGAGAAGCUGAUAAAAAAGAGCUGUGGAGGAGCUUGCUCUUAAGAUUUAUUCCUUACUUGGGAGGGUCUGAAUACCCUGUAGAAACAAAGUGGGGCCUAACUGUCUUUAGCAAGUCCUUUCAGGACCUCUGACACUCUCAAACUAUGCUAUAAAAAUGCUUCAUUAUUUUACAAAACAUGUCUGUUUUGGUUCUCUCAAAACCUAUGGAGGAGCCAGCAACACCCAGGAAGAGCAAGGCCAUGUUCAUGUGCCACCUCUGGCCUGAAUACAAGCCCCUUCUGCCCCUUUUUGUUACACAUUUGUGUAUGUAUCAGGGACAAUUCGUGCUACCAUUCAAAAUGUGGGCCCUUGCAUUUGUAAACAAAGAAUGAGUCUAAUGAUUUCAGUGGCCUUCUACCAUGAAAACAGUGGGCCUGUUGUUGAAAGCUUUCUUGUUUAGAAACUGUUGAUGACCAAAUGGCUUCACAGCAGAGUGGCCUUUCAGUUUCCUUGCUUAGUACACUUAGUUGAAGUAAGCUUGUCUGGCUCUUGCUCUAGACCUCAAUGAACCAUAACUCCAGAAUCUCAAGCCAGUUCAGAGCUUCCCUAGGUCUGGCAGUUUAUCACUGAACUGAAGAAGGAGAUGCCCAAAGGCAAUUAACAAAUAUUUGCAGUAAUGAGUCUAUCAACUGAAAAAAGGAAGCUGGCAUCAUUAGAAAAAGAUGCCAUGAUGGCCAGUGUCAUGGGAAACAAAGGAAAAGGUUUGUUUCUAAGAGGAAUGGCAGGGAACGUUUGUUAGGAGAUAUUCACUGAAUGAUGGAAUGAGCCUGAACUUCACAGAAAGUGAAAUGGAAGGAGAAGCAUGAGGCAGGGGGAGGAUUUCCAGCAUGACUGGAAAUGUCAGUGCUAUUGAUGUCUGAGAAUAAUAAAAGGCAGAAGGCCAAGAGCUCCAAGGGACAAACCAAAGGGGAGGCCAGGGCUAGCUGAGGAGCCACAGCUUGGUUCUGGACAGAAGAGCUGCAGGUGUUCCUGGCUCUGCAGGUAUUUAAGCCAGGCUGUAGGCCGUCUGCCACAAUGGUGUGUCUCCUGCUCCCAAUGGCAGAAAUAAGGUCAUGCUUGGCUGCAGGCACAAGAACAUGAGUUGAAGUUUCUCCCCUGCUCCUGUUUUACUCUCCUGCCAGCAUGUGUCAUUCCUGGAAGGGGAAGACAAGAUCCAGCCCUUUGCUGAAUGACAGCACCAACACAUGGAGCAAUUUUAUUUCUAUUCCUCCCUAUCAGAUCAGGAACAGAAAUUCAUCAGCAUGACCUGGCCUGGAGGACAGGCCUGGCACACUGGAGAAUGGCAAAGCAUACGCAAGGGAAUAAUGAGGGCACCUCUGUCUGUCCUGUCCCUUCCCACGAAGCGCAGCAAGCUGUGGAAAAUGUAGCCACCACUCACACCAGGGUUAACUGCCAAGACAGGCUCUUGGUGGAGGUCAGCUUCAUUUGCCAUGCUGAUGGUGAACAAGGGAGGUCUGUGUUUAACACCAGGUUUCUCAAGAAAUCUUCUUCCCAAAUUCGGUUGGCUAACAGUGGUUGUGGACUUAAUCCUAAAAGGCAACUACCUGAAUGCCUUUUUGCUGUUCAGUCUCAGAUGUAUUUUUUCUUUUUUGCAUAAGGAUUGCACCUCUUUGUUUCCAUAGAUUCUCAGAUGUUCAAUCUAACAUGAGCAAAACCCAGUACACCUAAUUCUCUCCUGCUUUAAUCAGGCAGAAGCUCCCCUACAAUUAAGGCAGCUGAAUCCAUUUGGCCCAAGGCUGGUCUCCUAUUUCAAAGAUCGAUUGCUGUCAAUAACUCUUGUGUGACUGGUUACUUAAGUGCAGAUUCAGUUUCCUGUGUGACAGCUGCAGGCUUUGAAGAGAGAACCUCACUGACCCCAGCUAUAAAGUGAUCUCUUGUAUGAACCUCAAACAGCAAGUUAUGGAUGGGAGAUACUUUUUAGAGUUUUACUAUAGUUCAAGAUAAAUCUGAAAUACUUUUCAUUGUUUAAAUACUUCAAAAUUUUAGAACUGAAAAUUACAAAAGGAAUCUCAGCAGAUCAGGAUCUGCUCUAUAUUUUCUGGUUCUGGAAUGCUGGUUUUAUGUCACUUUAUCUUCUCUAGACGUGCCCUGAGCCCAGCAGAACUCCAGAACUUUCUAUUCCUCCAGUGUUUCUUCUCUGGUCCUAAGAAGAGCUGAGAUUUAUGUUUGGCAUGGUUCUUAGAAAAAAGUGUUACCAAAUGUCUCUAAACAUAAAAAGGAAGGUUCAGUUCAUUUUAGGUGACUCAACUCACGUCUGCUUUUGAUUGUUACCCAUGCUGAUUCUUCCACCUCUAUUUCCAACAGUUAUAUAUAGGAAAUAGAGAUUAAUGAUUAAUUUGAGUCAUAUUUGAGCAGCGAGGCUGUUGCAGAGCAAAGGGAUUUACCUCACUUGUACAGUCAGAGUGAAAUGUGUUGGUGGCAUUUGGUCAGGAAGGACCUGACCCAAACUCUGAUUCUGAGCCUCUGAGUUUCUGGGAAACUGAUGUGCAGAAUCAAAUAUGGGAAAUGUCUGUCCUGGAUGAAGUGGACUCAAGUUGGGGUCCAGACCCAGUUCUCGAACUGAAGAAUUUUACCUUCAGAGAAUCCCUGUGAAACAUUUUGUAAGUUUUUCAUUCUUUUGGUCUGUUUUAUUUUCUUUUAAUUCCAGCAUGGCUGCUUAUCUCCACCUGCUUCCAAACACAGCACAGCAGAUACGGGUGGGUUUUAACUCACUUCUCUUUGCAGGUGACAGUUGAAAUGUAGUGAUAUUCUGUCUCACUCUCAUGCAGACCACAGAGUCUCUGAGAGGUUGAAGGGUUACAGAAGAGAGGUUUUUUUCCUGUCCUACCACCACCACCUCUUUACAACAGAAAAGCUUUUCCCAGAUUUAGUGUGAUGUGUAAUGAGGCAUCUCCUUAAAAAGAAGAAUGUCUAGGGAAUUAUUUGUACUGCUAAUCAGUGUUUAUAGAUAAGGGCAUUGAAUGUAAGAACAGGAAAGCCUGUGAGUCAUAAUUACAUGCUGAAUUCUGACAUGUAAAAUUGUUGUUAGUUUGCUUCUUACCUAAAUGAUGCACUUGUCAGCUCAGAAGACAAAUAGGGUCUUUUAGAAAGAGGAAACCUGUUUAGCCAAGCCUCCUUCUAUUCUCUGAAAUGACACAUUCUCCUCAACGAUACUCUGUUUGCUAACACUGUCUAGUGUAGAAGCACAGGAAAGGAGUACCAGCUUGCUGAGUUUGCUGUUACUGGCCUUUGCCUAUUUUCUUAAUCACAGAUGGUAGGGUUAGCCUGAGUUCUUUACAUCACUCUUCUCUGAAGAGCACCAACUGCCUUUGCUCAUGGUCCCCCAACUUGUGGCUUUGUGCUUUGAGCUGCAAGUCUGCCCGAAGUGCUGAGGGAGGGAGAUCUGCAGCUGAACUGGAACCUGAUCAUGGAUUACUGUCAGAGGUCAUUCAUUGCAUUCGUAUGAGUUCAUCAUUAAUGACAAAGCUGCAAUAUAAUAUAACUGAGAGGCCACAAUGUAUUUUCUAGUCGAUGGAUAGGUGUUAGAGGGGCAGCCGGGUUUAAAGUUUAGCUGGUAUACUUUAAACUCUGUGUACAUAACCCUGGAGGACACAUGGGUGGUAAGGGACUGGUAAAUAUCUGCUUGUUUUUGUUUAAAUAGGAAGGUAUGUAAUUAACGUCAUUGUACAAAGAGCUAUUGUUUUAAGUGGUGCUUUUGUUCUCCUAAACCAGAUCUGUCUAACCUUUCUUUUCGGCAAGUCUGCAGCAAUGCCGAUUGAUUUUUGUACCUUGGGGGAGUGCGUGGAAGGGGAGGGGAAAUGUUUUUCUCUUCAGACAGAUAACGUUGCCCAUCAUUAACCUCCUGCUUGGGUAUCAACCUGGAGUUCCCUUUACGCUGAAUUUUUGUGUGACGUUCUCCUAAAGGGGCAGAACAAGCAGAGGCUAUUCCAAAAGAUCCCAACUGUAUCAUCUUGUAAUAUAUUGCAGCUUUAUGCCAAUGAUUCCUUGCUUACCUGUACACAGUCCACAGCCGUUUUGAACUAAUUUUGCAUUCUCCAUUUGUGGUGAAUUAUUUAGCAUUUUAACCACCUUUUGUGCCAUUCACCUUGUACAGAAAACAUUUUUAUUAAAGUUUCAAAGGGAGGGGGAAGAAAAGAAAAAAAAAAGCCCCUUCUGCUCCCUAGUUGUAGGUAGAACUCAGUUACUUAGCAAACAGAUGUAGAUGAGUGGUUGUAGUGUUAGAAAUGUUAGCUUGCUUGUGAACAAGCUUUUGAGAGUAAAUGCAUGGUCCUGUACCUCUCUCUUCUUAAUUAGCUCUUCCUUUCCUCCUGGAAAGAUUCUCUCUCUCCCCUUCUCUCUUACUCUGUCUUUGUCUCUCUCAUGGUUGUAAAGUACAGAUUUGGGCAUAAAUAAAAUGACCUACACUGAGGUUUGAAAAGCAGUUCUCAACAGGUUCUCUUGGGGAACUUACUUCUCACAGUGCCUUGCCUUGGCACUUCAAUUAGACCUUUUCAAUGUAAACCAGGCAGAUAUCAGUCACUUGUUGCUUCUGCUUGAAGUGGGGAACAAGUUAAAUCUUUGGAAGUUUGUGUCACUGGGAACUAUGAGAUCUUGCUGACCUGUUGCAGCUGAGGCACGUGGCACAUGGUGUAUUGGCUGUGGCUCCCACGCCUGGUUGUUCUGGCUGGGAGCAGUCCCACGGCCCCUGACUUGCGGAGUUUGCACACACUUUGAUUUUCCUGGCUACGAAGCAGAAGGGGGUAGGGAUGGUAUAUAGGAAUUACGUUGAUAGGGGUUCUGUAGACAGCUCCUUCUCCACACUCCUAAGCCCUGAAUUGAGUAAGCAGGGCAUACUGUUUAAUAGCUGUGGCAGCGGAGGACAGAAAAUAGCUGAAGUCUUGCAAGAUAGGGGGUCACUCACACAGAUGGAUUUUGUAAGAAAUGGACUUUGAAACCCCCACAAAACCCUGCUACAAACCCACAAAAUGUACUCCCACAUCUACCCCCCCCCCCCAUGCCUCUUCUCCCUUAGCAGAAUUUCCUUUUGUUAGAAGAUUUGACUUGCUAGCUUAAAAAAUUCCAUUUUUGUGAGGUGUUGUGAACUGUUUUUACUACUUGUACUAACCAUCCCAGGUCUGAGUAUUCUUGUAAUGCAAUGCCAUGCAGCGGAGAACCUGUCCACUUUAUAGCUUUGCUCUCAAUAUUUGUUACUCAUUGUUUUCUCAUCUAAAUGUACAUUUGCAAGAUGUGUGUAAUGCCAUUUUCAAAAAAUAAAAUUUGGUUUCAAUAUUUAGGCUGAUAAAAA